AUUGGGAAUAAAUAAAUAAAUAAAAGGAAAUUAAAACCAAACAAGCUAAGCUUUUACCGUUCAGGCGGUUCAGCAAUACAAAAUGGGGCCGAAUGCACCGACGUUCUUUCUUCGAUCAACUCUGGCAUCCGUUCAGCGAGCGUUAGGGUUCCGAUCAGCCCCGAGGAUGGCGAAGGGGAAGCAUCCACGCGUCUAUAGCAGGAGAUCGGUGUUGACUCUCGCGUUGACGAUGUUCCUCAUGCUGACCGUCGUGCUCCUGCUGCUGCUGGCUCUCGGCAUUGUCUCCCUCCCGAUCAGCGAUGAGGGCUCUCCGCUUCACGACUUGAGCUCGUUCAGACGCCGAACGUCGGAUAGAGGAGGCGGGUUAGGGCAGAGAGGGGAGCAGUGGACGGAAGUUCUCUCAUGGGAGCCCCGAGCUUUCGUUUACCACAAUUUCCUGUCCAAGGAAGAGUGCGAGUACUUGAUAAAUCUCGCUAAGCCUCACAUGGUGAAGUCAACUGUGGUUGAUAGCGCAACAGGGAAAAGCAAGGAUAGCAGGGUGCGCACGAGUUCUGGAACUUUUCUUAAGAGAGGACGGGAUAAAAUCAUUAGGGACAUUGAGAAAAGAAUUGCAGAUUUCACCUUCAUUCCUGUAGAGCAUGGAGAAGGACUUCAGAUUCUCCACUAUGAAGUUGGACAAAAAUACGAACCUCAUUUCGAUUAUUUUCUUGACGAGUUCAACACUAAGAAUGGCGGACAAAGGAUUGCCACCCUGCUUAUGUAUCUAUCGGAUGUAGAAGAAGGUGGGGAGACAGUGUUUCCUGCAGCCAGUGGAAAUUUUAGUUCUAGGUCCGGGUGGGAUGAAUUAUCAGAAUGUGCUAAGCAGGGAUUGUCUGUGAGACCAAAGAUGGGAGAUGCAUUGUUGUUUUGGAGCAUGAGGCCUGAUGCUACUCUUGAUCCUACAAGUCUGCAUGGAGGUUGCCCUGUGAUUAGAGGAAAUAAGUGGUCAUCUACAAAGUGGAUGCAUCUUGAGGAAUACAAGACUAAUUAGUAAUCUGGCCAGGAUUAGAUGAAUUAGAAGCAUUUCGCACAGACUAUACAGAGUUGCCAGGGCCAUGUCAAUAACAUUAGAAAAUAGUUGACACUCAACGACUAGAAUGGCACUUUCCGCUGUUCAUAUAGAGAUAUAGAUAUAUAGAUCCAGGAGAGGCGCUUGUAUUCAGUGGCUGUCUUUUGGUGAGAUGUAGUGCUGACAGGUCCUCAGUUUUAUCGACUUGUUUGCUGAAUUACGGGAUGUUGUAGAUUUUCAUUGUUUGUUAUGUUAAUUUGUUCAAUUGGGAUUUCUCCUAUGAAUCGAGUGUAAUUUUUGAAGUAAUAUUCUUGCAUCUUGUGAUCUUUAUUCUGCUGAGGACAUGAAGAGAACUUUAUUUUAU